GUAGUCGGCCGUAGUGUGCAAGGCCCAGCGCUGGUCGCCGGGCCUGGCGCAGACGACGUUGAGCAGAUGAGGGCCCUGCGCGCUCCCCUCAUCUGCUCGAGUCUCGACGCUCCUGCUCCGAGCCUCCGACGACACAGCUCAGCGCCUUCCGUUCGUGCUCAGAAACCCCAGCGCCGCAACCCAAACCCUGCAAACGAGGGGAGCGCGCAGGGCGCAGCAAUGGCAAGCAAGACGCUAUCCAUCUCCUCCCUCGCCUCCACCGCCUUCGCCUCCUUGCCGCGCUCCUGCAGACCCCCGCGUCCUCCUCCCCUCCUCCGCCUCCUCGGCCCGCGCCUGCCCCCAGGGUCCCACCUCCGCGCCUCCCCUCUCUCCGCCGCCGCUGACGCCGACGACGGCGUCGACAAUGUCGAGCAGCUCCUCCUCCCUCGCCCAUCCUCCUCCCCGAGCGGACGCGGCCGGAUCGACCGCCUCAUGAAGCUCCAGCGUCGCGCCGACGACGACGACGCCCCCUCGGGUGCGGCCGGACGGCGGAGGUGGUUCCCUUACCUGGACGCGUUCCGGUCCGCGGGGGGCGCGGAGCUGUCGAGCCGGGAAGUGGUGGAGGUGCUGGAACCGCACAUCCUCGAGCCGCGGCGGGACCGGAUCCGGUGCGCCGUGGACAACCGGAGCUACGCCGUGUGCCUGGUCGUGGAGGGCCUCACCGACUUUGGGAACGUCUCCGCGGCGUUCCGCUCCGCCGACGCGCUCGGCGUGCAGUCCGUGCACGUCAUCUCCUGCGACAACAACAAAAGGUAUAGAGACAACAGACAUGUGAGCAUGGGUGCUGAGAAAUGGCUUGACAUUGAGCUAUGGAACUCGCCUGCAGAAUGUUUCUCUGCAUUGAAAAAGCGUGGUUAUCGCAUCGCAACUACUUGUUUGGGAACUGAUUCGGUUUCUGUGUAUGACAUGGAUUGGUCCCAACCAACGGCUAUUGUUGUGGGCAACGAGCUUAGGGGUAUUAGCGAUGAUGCUUUGAAGUUGUCAGACUUGCAUUGUAGUGUUCCUAUGAAAGGCAUGGUGGAUUCUUUUAAUGUAUCUGUUGCAGCUGGAAUCCUCAUGCACCAUGCUGUUUGUGAUAGAGUUUCCCGUCUUGGUCAUCACGGUGAUCUUUUACCUGAAGAAAGUAGAAUAUUGCUUGCUGAGUUCUAUUUGCGCCAUAGGGAGAGCACAGCUAGCAUAGUUCAUGAAUAUGCCAAAAGGAAGGCGGAAAAUUUUAUGGCCGGACUUUGAGAACAUCUUGAUGACUGCAUAUGCAUAGGCUAGGUAAUCAAUCUGAGUGAUUCUUUUGGCAAUCGGGUGUGGGCUUAUCUGCUGCAUUUGUUUCAACAAUAGACUAACUGGCCACUUAUCUGCAGAGUAACCGUUGGGCUUCUUGGCCUUCAAGAGUUUCAAGAUGAUUCCCACAGAAUUGCUGGUAAGAUUCCGACCCAACCGAUUGUGCAGAGAUUUUAACAGUUACACAUGGUCUCAGCGAUGCUGCAUAUUGCUCCAAAAUAGACGUUGAUAAAGUUUGUAUGUUAUUGUAAGGGCUAAGCUUAAUAUGUUUUCCCCCAGAAUCUAUCGCAAAUCUUGACAAUGCACGAUUUACAAUUGACGGUUAGGGUUGGAAGUUGUUGUAACCUCUUGAGAGGCAAGAAGGUGCAGUGUAAAAGAACUCUGUUUUGUGUACAUGAGGAUGAUGCAUUGUGAUGCAAAGCAGUAUUGCAACUUGCAAGUA